AUGCUACUACUUUUACUACAACAAAAUGUGGUAAUUGCAACAAUUUUUACGAAUAAUACAGUUCCUGCUAUUUCGGUAUCUCCGAUUAUCAGUGCUACAGUUAUCAGUAUUACUACUACUAUCGCUACCGCUAUAGAACAAGAAAAUGGUAUGAAAAAUGUAACUGAUUCAAAAUAUACAGUAUCAGAUAUUGGUUUAGACUGUGCACAAGGAUGGGAGAAAUAUAGGUCGAAAUGUUUUCGGGUAUAUACAAUUGAACGAUCAUGGCCACAGGCAUUAUUAUUUUGUUCCAGGUAUGGAAGUCAACUUGCACGUAUCGAAUCAUUCGGAGAAAAUACCUUUUUGUAUCGUUUAAUCAAUCGGCAACAAAAAAUUCUUUCAAUAAAUCGUAAUGAAUUUUGGAUUGGUGUUGUUGCACAACAAACGGAAGAUGAAGAUUCAUACUUUUUAUGGUCUGAUGGUACCAUAAUAUCGCGUUAUGUUGGUUUUUGGAAUGAUGGACAACCAAAUUAUAGAGCUGGAACUUGUGCAAAGGUGUCGAUCACAACAACCGAUGGACUACGAUGGGGUUUAGAAAUGUGCAAUACACUAUUACCAUUUAUAUGUGUACUACCUGCAUGCAUGAAAGGUAAGCCAAUAAAUAAUAUGACAAAGAAGAAGAAGAAGAAGAGUACAUGA